AUGGUCGCCUACUCGUCUCUUCUCCUCGCUCUUUCGGCUGCCUCGAGCGCCGUCGCUCUCCCCAAUGGCAAGGCCCUGCUGGACAUGGCCAAGCGCAGUCUUACUUCUUCCGCGGAAGGCGAGAGCAACGGCUACUUCUACUCCUUCUGGACCAACGGUGAGGGCGACGUGACCUACACCAACGGCGACGCUGGUGAAUACACCGUUGAGUGGACCGACUGUGGUGACUUUGUGGCCGGCAAGGGUUGGAACCCGGGCAGUGCUCAGGCCGUUACCUACAGCGGAUCAUGGGAAACCGACGCCAACGCCUACCUGUCCGUCUACGGUUGGACCACCUCCCCCUUGGUCGAAUUUUAUAUCGUCGACAAGUACGGUGAUUACGACCCCUCCUCUGGCCUGACCGAGCUCGGCACCGUCGACAGCGACGACGGAACCUACAAGAUCUACCAGACCACCCGUGAGGACGCCGACUCGAUCGAAGGCACUGCCACCUUCAAGCAGUACUGGUCCGUGCGCACUGAGGGCCGUAUUGGUGGAACCGUCACCACGCAGAACCACUUCGAUGCCUGGGAGAACCUUGGUCUGGAGCUGGGUACCUUCAACUACAUGAUCGUUGCCACCGAGGGAUACGAGAGCAGCGGGUCUGCCACCAUCACCGUUGAGACUUCUUCUGACAGCACCGAGGAGAGCUGCUAA